AUGCAAUACAAACGCUUUGUUGCAGUUGAGUACGAUCUCCUACAGGGAUCGUUCCAAAGGCUAGACCCAACAACCUCUUCUCGCCACUCUUUUAGCAUGAAGUUCAUUACAGUUUCGAAGGUGGCCGUGGCUAUCACGCUCGCUAACAUCGCUGCGCAUGUGUCAGCUGUGCCAGUUGAAUCCACGCCUGGGUCCGUUGAUGUGGUUGUCCGUAAUCUUGGCCAGGCCAACUCUUCAUACUCUCACUAUGCCCCUGUUGCGAAAUUUGAAGCUACACAAUUGAGACGAAGCGACCUUCUCAACGUGAAAGAAGAUUGUGUUGACAUCGACCAUGAUGACAGCCAUAUCGGUGACGAUCAAACCAGCGGCAAUGGAGGCAACGGUGGCAACGGAGGCGAUGGUGGAAAUGGAGGCUCUGGAAGCUCUGGUGGCGACGGCGGCAACGGUGGAAAUGGAGGCGAUGGUGGAAAUGGAGGCUCUGGAAGCUCUGGUGGCGACGGAGGCGACGGUGGCAAUGGUGGCAACGGAGGCAACGGCGGCAAUAGCUCACCGGGCAAGCCAAAGCAUCAUCCUAGCCAUGGCGGCAAUGGAGGCAACGGAGGCGAUGGCGGCUCUGGAAGCUCUGGUGGCAACGGCGGCAACGGUGGAAAUGGAGGCGAUGGCGGCUCUGGAAGCUCUGGCGGCAACGGGGGCGAUGGCGGCAACGGAGGCAACGGCGGCAAUAGCUCACCGGGCAAGCCAAAGCAUCAUCCCAGCCAUGGCGGAAACAGAGGUCACGGCGGCAAUGGCGGUGAUGGUGGAAGCGGCGGCAGCGGAAUCCCUGGCGGAAAUGGCGGCCAUGGUGGCAACGGAGGUAAUGGCGGCCAUGGAGGUUCUGGAAGCCGUGGCGGUCAUGGAGGCGACGGCGGCAACGGAGGCAAUGGCGGAAACGGCGGCAAAGGAAGCCCUGGAAGCCCUGGUGGAGUUGGAAGCCCUGGCGGAAAUGGCGGUAAAGGAGGCCCUGGCGGCAGUGGCGGCAACGGAGGUAACGGCGGCCCAGGAAGCGCUGGUGGAAACGGCGGUAACGGAGGCAAUGGCGGCAACGGAGGUAACGGCGGCCCAGGAAGCGCUGGUGGAAACGGCGGUAACGGAGGCAAUGGCGGCAACGGAGGUAACGGCGGCCCAGGAAGCGCUGGUGGAAACGGCGGUAACGGAGGCAAUGGCGGUAACGGAGGUGACGCUGGCUCUGAAAGCUCUGGAGGCAACGGGGGCAAUGGCUCACCAAGCAAGCCAAAGCACCAUCCCAGCCAUGGCGGAAAUGGAGGUCACGGCGGAAAUGGAGGCAAUGGAGGAAAUGGCGGCAACGGAGGCCCAGGAAGCCCCGGUGGAAACGGCGGCAACGGGGGCAACGGCGGCAAUAGCUCACCAAGCAAGCCAAAGCACCAUCCCAGCCAUGGCGGAAAUGGAGGUCACGGCGGAAAUGGCGGCAAUGGCGGCAACGGAGGCCCAGGAAGCGCUGGCGGAAACGGCGGAAACGGAGGCAAUGGUGGUAACGGAGGCGACGCUGGCUCCGGAAGCUCUGGAGGCAACGGGGGCAAUGGAGGCACUGGCGGAAAUGGCGGCAAUGGCUCACCAAGCAAGCCAAAGCACCAUCCCGACUCUGGUGGAAAUGCAGGCAACGGGGGUAACGGAGGCGACGCUGGCUCUGGAAGCUCAGGCGGCAACGGGGGCAAUGGAGGCAACGGCGGAAAUGGCGGAAAAGGAGGCCCAGGAAGCCCCGGUGGAAACGGCGGUAACGGAGGAAACGGCGGCAACGGGGGCAAUCCAGGAAAUGGCGGAAACACAAGUCCAGGAGGCUCAGGUGGCAAUGGAGGUAACGGAGGUAACGGGGGCAAUGGUGGCAAUGGGAGCAAUUCUCCGAACCGGUCACCUAGAAAGAGCAGCAACUGGCCGCUCAAGACUGGAACCCCCCGUAAAACCGCGAAUAAUAAGUCCGCUACUCCAACAGCGGUUACAAAGUCUCGGAAGCCUUCGCCCAUUUCCACAAGUUGUGACACUGAGACAAGUGAAACAACUUCAAUCUUAAAAUCAUCAACUUCAACGACCACAGAAUCAAUGCCGAACGCGAAAACCACAACAUCUUCCUCAAAAAAAUCACCCAAACCAACAAAAACGCCACCAAACACGACUACUGCCGCACCGAAAACGACAGAAGCACCAAAGCCUAAAGAAACGUCUCCCACCACUACGUCCAGCGACAGCCCGGGCGGAUUUAGCUUACCGGAUAUUGUGCCGAGCCAUGACCACGAUUCGAAUGGUCCAGACACACAGCCAUGGUUCCCGAAUGGUGGAAAUGAUUCAAAUGAUUCCAACGCGCCUUGGAUCCCAAGCGGAAGCCCGAAUACUGGCGAGAUGCCAUGCCCGACCUGUGAUGAGCAACCCUGGGCACCUCAACCAGUGGACUGCCCGUUCAGUAACCAGCAACCAAGCAUGCCUUCACAGCCAGAAGACUGCCCAUUCUGCGACCAGCAGCCUGAUAUCGCCCCACAGCCAGAGGGCGGUUGUGACAUUUGUGACCAACAGCCCCAGAUUGAUUCGCCUUUCGGAGACUUUGGCGGAGGAAUUGGUGGAGACUUCGACAACAUCUCACAAGGACCGGGUGAGGACAUGAUGCCUGGUGGAUUCGGUGACAUGAUGCCGGGUGGAUUCGGUGAUAACAUGAAUAUUUUUGUUAGCGGAUCUUCCGCACAGUAG